AUGGCCGCGUCCACCAUGUCUGUCUGCUCCAGCGCUUACUCUGACUCCUGGCAGGUGGACGACUGCCCAGAGAGCUGCUGCGAGCCCCCCUGCUGCGCCCCCAGCUGCUGUGCCCCAGCCCCCUGCCUGACCCUGGUCUGCACCCCAGUGAGCUGUGUGUCCAGCCCCUGCUGCCAGGCGGCCUGUGAGCCCAGCCCCUGCCAAUCAGGCUGCACCAGCUCCUGCACGUCCUCAUGCUGCCAGCAGUCUAGCUGCCAGCCGGCUUGCUGCACCUCCUCCCUGUGCCAGCCGGCGUGCUGUGUGCCCGUCUGCUGCAAGACUGCCUGCUGCGUGCCCGUCUGCUGCAAGCCUGUGUGCUGUGUGCCUACCUGCUCUGAGUCUUCCUCUUCAUGCUGCCAACAGUCUAGCUGCCAGCCAGCUUGCUGCACCUCCUUGCCCUGCCAGCAGGCCUGCUGUGUGCCUGUCUGCUGCAAGCCUGUCUGCUGCAAGUCCCUCUGCUGUGUGCCUGUCUGCUCUGGGGCUUCCUCUCUGUGCUGCCAGCAGUCUAGCUGCCAGCCGGCUUGCUGUACCACCUCCUGCUGCAGACCCUCCUCCUCCGUGUCCCUCCUUUGCCGCCCCGUGUGCAGGUCCACCUGCUGCGUGCCCGUCCCCUCCUGCUGUGCCCCCACCUCCUCCUCCUGCCAGACCAGCUGCUGCCGCCCGGCUUCCUGCGUGUCCCUCCUCUGCCGCCCCACGUGCUCCCGCCCGGCCUGCUGA